AUGCGCGUCCGGAACAUUAUUUUCACGCGAAAAUGCGGAGGCAGGUCAGGUGAGUGGGGUCUCCGCUCGGCCAGACUUAACAGCAGAACAGUCCAUAGAUACUGGCGUCGACUGUGCGCUGUCCUAGCACCGUUUAUCCCCGAUGUGAGGACACUGCACACUGUCCUAUCCGUGUUGGAAGCUGCCGUCGACUUCUUUUCUCGCUACGAAAAUGUGGACAGGAUCUUGGAGCUGGCCAUGAUCACUGUGUCUGAAGAGUUCAGCGGCCGCGGUGUAGGCAGGAGGCUUGUGCAGGAGAGUGAGACGCGCGGCAAGAAACUCGGAUGCCAGCUAGCCACGGCGCAGGCAACGGCUGUACCUUCACAACGACUACUCUACCGCCUUGGGUACGAAGACCUCUAUACCAUGGAUUACGGCACUUUCGAGAUCGCAGGUGACCGCGUCUUUGACAUGGACCGGAUGCUGGGCACUCCCUCGGCUAAGGUGAUGGCCCGUCUCCUCGAUGAAGAGAACCAAGAGCAGUAGAGGUGCUGCUCCAAUGUCUUCCAUGCCGGGGGAGAGUCGAGUCCUUUCCGGUGAAGGUGUUGCCUCCGGGACAACAUUUAACGUAAGCUGAAGUUAUGGUUUAUAACCUGGCAGAUACAUAUAUAUUUAUCAGCGACUGCAUGAAGAGAAUCGAUCUAAAAAUCUAAAGGUCUGAUUGUGCUCACUUAAAUGCUGAAGAAGAACUUGAAUUUUUUAUAUUUUUUUAUAAGAUGUAGAUGAAGUAGAACGAAUAUGAGGAAUAUUUCCCUCUCUAUAUUAAUAACACAUAUCAAAAUCAGUGAGAAAGUCUAUUUAUACUAGAAUAAACAUUUGGAACUCAGUUUUACUGCUACAGAUACAGUUACUGAUCUAUUCCAUUAUCAGAAAUGAUAAAAAAAUGCAACUGCUUCAGGCUAGAAAGUAUUUAAUACAUCCGGGGCUGUGACCAUUCUGAAUGGAUAUCAGUACACCUUACUAAUACACAGUCAAUAUAAUGGGAAUAAGGAUGGGGUUGGGGUAAAGAUUUUUUUCUGUAAACUGCCAAAAAACAUCAAUAAAAUAUCUCUUCUUUGCCAAAUGAGUCCCUCUGAAUGAUGAAAUAUAAGAUUAAAAAGUCAGCACAAACCUCAAUAAUAAUCUCAGAACACGACUUUUCAGAUUUUGAAGAAGUUUUUCAUCU